AAGCUCUUUACUGCUUCCUAAACUCGGCGGCAGUCUUUUAUUCCCACGAACCUGAGCCUAUCUCUUAUUGCUCUUGAAAGACGUAGCUCCUCUGUUGCCCUACGAAAUGUCGUCGAGGAACUUUGCUUCGGAUACGUUUGUGGAAGACGACGGUUCAAAUAACCAAGGUGUUACUUCCUUUCCAGCGCAGGAGGAUUUCUUGCAUGUAUUGGAACCAUUUAUUGAUGCUGUGGUCCAGCUGGAAACACUGGAUAAAUGCGUGGACCGUCGCCAUCAGUCACAAAGGCUUGCCCUAUCCAUGGGUAUCGAUGUUGAAAAUAACACCGAAGACAGUCCUUCCUGAGUUGGAACAAAUCAACUCCGUUGAGACGUUGGCAAACGAUAGGCUUAAAGUGGAUAUGGUGCUCCUUAGUGCUCUCCAUGAACCAUCGGUUCUGGCCAAAAUGAGUGCCCAUAUCAACGAGCUCCAUCAUUGGAUGGAGACGAAUAGAAACCAUGCUCGCCGUAUCGCCGAUACACUCGUGAAGCACUAUAAAUCUUUUAAUUUUCCUCUGAACUCCGUAUCGUCACGCAUCGGAGACCUAUUGUCGGAAGCGUUGGCUAUCAGAAAUAAACUUGAAGAGAAAGUUGAAUGUGAGAAGAAGCCAUAUACGCAACAAAGUAUACUGCAAAAGCGGGCGGCAUCUGUAGUAAGAUCGGCCUUGGAACCCAUUCUAGCGGAUUUUCGAGUGCAAGAGGAGAAUACGUGGCAAGAACAUAAAGAGAGGUUUUGGCAGGGCUUGCAGAAAUGCAUGGCGCCGUCAAUUGAGAUGUCAGAAAAGGGAAACGGGCAACUAGUGAUUAUGGAGAUGGAGACUUGAAUGAGCGUUCAACAGACUGAACGUUGAAUGUAUAAUGCGUCGUAAUAUUCGUGUUAAAACACAUUGAACAAGUUAUGAUAGUAGCAUGUUG